CAUGUCCCCAAAGGCCUCUACUCUAGGCCUUUCGUUUUGCGCGGGCAGACGGGCCUGGCGCCGGGAGGUUGGGAGCUCUCGCGGCCACUCAUGGAUGGCGGAGGAACUGCGCUGAGACUGGGGCCCACCGCCGACGGGCGGGACUUGGUGCGGACUCCAGGCUACCCCACCCGGCUGUUGGCCCUUGGCGCUUUCCCCGUUCAUUCAAGGAUGGAGGAACUUGAACAAGGCCUGCUGUUGCAGCCAUGGGCAUGGAUACAGCUUGCAGAGAAAUCCCUCUUGGCCAAGGCUUAUAUCACCAAGGAGGGCUAUGCCUUGCUUGUUUCAGAUCUUCAACAGGUUUGGCAUGAACAGGUGGAUGCUAGUGUGGUCAGCCAGCGAGCCAAGGAGCUGAACAAGCGCCUCACUGCUCCCCCUGCAGCCUUUCUCCGUCAUUUGGAUGAUCUGCUUCGCCCAUUGUUGAAAGACACUGCUUGCCCUGGCGAAGCUACCUUCUCCUGUGACGGGGAGGCAGAGGCACUGAUAAUACGGGUGCGGAGUACACUCUCUGGCCUCCCCUUCUAUUGGAAUUUCCAUUGCAGCCUAGCUAGCCCGUUCCUGGUCUCCCAGCAUUUGGUUCGUCCUUUGAUGGGCAUGAGUCUGGCAUUGCAGUGCCAAGUGAAGGAGCUCACAAUGUUGCUUCGAAUGAAAGAUCUAGAGAUUCAGGACUACCAGGAGAGUGGGGCCACCCUGAGCAGAGAUCGGUUGAAGACGAAGCCAUUUGAAGAGAAUUCCUUCUUGGAAAAAUUUAUGGUAGAGAAACUACCGGAGGCAUGCAGCAUGGGCAAUGGAAAACCCUUUGUGAUGAAUCUACAGAGUCUCUAUAUGGCAGUCACUAAACAAGAGAUCCAAGUGGAUCAAGACACUGGAGAUCCUCAGGCCUCAAGCAGUGCCUCCCUGCAAGGAAGUGAUAACCAACUUCUGAACCAGCCAAAAGAGCCAGUCUCCUCAGCACCACUGCUCCCAGAGCCUGAGAAAGAGUCCACAAAUACUUCAGGCCCUAUGCAGAGACCUCAGCCAUCAAAGGUCAAGAGGAAGAAGCUAAGGGGACUCUUCAGUUAACCUGUCAACUGUCUCAACUGAGGAUGGACUUGGAGAAUGGUUUCCUGGUGUCACCUAGAGGCACUCCCAUGGCAGCAGUAGCUCUGACACCGAGUUGUACAGUCAGAGCCCCAUUGUAAGGGUGGCACAACUGAAGUUCAUGUUGACAGGCAUGGGUACUGUUAUCCAAAGGAAUCUUGGCUCCUGCCUGUAGGGCAUUCACCUUCCGUAUCUGAGUGGAAGCCGGUUUCUGGGAAUCCCAUACUCUCUUCUUUUACAGGGGUGGUUCUUUAGACCUAGGAUCCUACUAGGAACUUCAGGUAGUAGGGCAAGUCAUCAAAAAGGCACAAUAUGCUUAGGAAGCCUUGUCUCCCUUUCUCAAGUGUCCCUAGCCAGUCCUAGGUGUUCCCUGAGAGACCCACUACUGUCUUCAGAGUGGAAUAAAAAGCACUCACACUCCCCUGCUUUUGAGAUUCCUUAAUCUAUGGAAUGCAUAGACAACCCACUUCACUUUAGCGUGUUCCACCCCGUUGUUGUCUCUGACAAAGUCUAGGCCUUCAGUCCAAUACUUCAGAUUCUUCUGAUGCUUCUUCUCUGUGACCUGUUCUAAGCCUCCAUUUGGGAUCUUUGAUCUUAAAAAUUCUCUCCUUGAUGGGCACAGACAGAACUGAUUGCUGCUGCUCUCCUUUGCCCAACUUGAUGUUCCUGCAGAAUGAAUAGUGCCUAGCAGGGAAAAAAAUGUACAGGCUGAGUGACAAAGGCAGAAUCUUAGACAUUAGGAAGCAAACUCUUUCAGGGACUAGCCAAGUCCUGUAGCCUUCUUGCUAGGUUGUCCUCUACAGGUAAGGCUGUCUGAAACUCCACCUUGGAGAGACAGGAAGGAAAGGAGAACUCAGAUGUUCAUGGGCACUGUUGGGUAGGGUCAGGGGUAGAACCACAGAGGCCUUUGCUGGUCUGCUUACUUAGGAUGAGCAGUCUCCUCAGCACCACUGCUCCCAGAGCCUGAGAAAGUCCACAUAUCCUCUCUAGCUGGGACUGGUAUUUCUGUCCUUAUGUCAAGACACGGGGGAGAAGACCAUCCAAGCAAUAAUAAAAUAAUAAUGAUUAUAAUAAGACCAAUAAUAAUAAACAGCUAACAUUUAUUGAGCAGUUCAUGUACACCAGGUACACUAAUAGGUGUCUGACAUUUAAUGCUCACAGCAUCAUAUAAGGAAAAUACUGUUAACCUAUUUCCACAAGGCUUGGAGUGAUAAGUGAUUUAUCAAAGGUGACAGGCUAAUAAAUAGAAGACAGAAUUUGAA